UACAUUUUGCUUUGCUGUACUUUUACUAGUGCUUAGUUUAUUAAUUUCUUGGAUCUGCAACAAUGUAUUAGAGGUGCCAUUUUCUUUGUCAAAAAUAUCAACAGAAAAUACAACUUGAGCAGAUAAGAUAACCGAAGCUUUGACAUGGAGAGUGUACAGUCUCAGCCCAGGGUGCCCAGCAUUUUUGGUGCAUCACUAUUUAUGUUUACUAUAGAAUUAUUUAUUAGGUUACCACAGUGUAUGAAUUGACAACUAAGAUGAUCAAGUAAUGGGUAUGGCACAUAUUUUAAAUAAAACUUGGUAAAAUUCUGAAGUUAGUGUUUUUGUUUGUUAAUGUAAUUAUUUGUCUUUUCAGUACGGUUGUUACUUUACCGUAUUUGUGCUAUUUUAUGUAUACCUGCAACUCUGCAAUGUCUAAAUAUAACUUUCUCUUUUGCCAAUAGUAAUAUCAGCCCAUCAACAGCUUUACCUGCAUUUUUUGAAGUUCCCAAGUUUCCAUUUGAUGUUCAGGCCAAGUUGGACCGAAAAGAAUGCAGACUAACGUCAUCAGACCGAAACAAAAUUAUUAGAACGUUGUAUGAAAGCAUGGCUCAGUACAAAAUGUAUCCAACUACAGAAGAGUAUGUUCAAGUGGCUAAGGCCCUGACUCUGAGGUAUCCCUUUUUAAAAGACAAAGAGGGCAAUGGAUAUCACACUUGGCACAUGUCUCUGAAACGCAAGUUUAAAUUUGAGCGGACACCUUUGGCUGAAGUUGAAGAAGUAAAAAGACUUAAACAGAAGUUUGGUCAUUCAAAAAAGUCUCUGCAACCUGAAGAAAGCAGUGGCAAAGAAAUUACAAGGCCUUUGGAGAUUAAUGCUGUUGGAGAGGAUGCUACAUCAAUAGAGGGACAUGUGAAAGUCCUGCAGGACCAAUAUAGAAGGACACAGCCAGAGACUCACAUUGUUGAAGAUCGAAUGAGGAGGACCUUUGCCUGGAGGCGGCAGGAGAUUACUAGUGGUAUGACUGUUGAAGAUUUCGUCAACAAAUAUCCAUUCUUGAAGAGUCCAUCAGGGCUUUAUCAAGAAAUUGGUUUCCUGUAUAAAUGUGUUCAACUGAGCCGCCAUUUUCGAGAACAUUUUGGACACAUUACAUCAAGCGUGCUACGGCUCGCUCAAGGGAAAUCCCCUCUAGCAAAGCUGCACAAAGAAGCUAGAGAAGAAUCUCUCUGUGAAGACCAUCUUGGAAUUGAUUUUAAAGCAGCACUUCUCAUGUUGCCAGCCUUGUUCAGGGAGAACCUUGAACAUUUCAUUGUGCUUGGAGAGAGUGAACCAUCCUCACCAUAUCCUACUGUUCAAGUACAGGAGACCACUGACUGGAAAACUGUGUUUACAAGAAGAGUCACUGCAGUCAUCAAAGUUGAUGAAAUCGAAAUCUGCCAGGCAAACCUUUGCGUUCUUUAUGGUGUUUAAGAUUUGAAGGAAAACAUCAAUAUUUUAAACAGGUUGCCAGCACGUGUAGAAAUAUUGUUAACAUUUCAUCCACUUUAAGUAAUCGACAUCAACACAGACAAUGUUGGGAAUUGUCUUCUGUUCAUAUGUUGGGGGAAUAUGAGAGAGUUGCUGGAUGUUGUGUGAGCACACCAUUUCGAUCUUUGCCUGUGGCUCUACAGCAUUCAGUGAAAGCAAAUAAGAAGUACAGCCAUGUCAAUUUUGAAGGCAAACAACUUCAACGAGUAACAGAAGUAGUGCUUAAUGAUGUCAUACUGUGUUAAAGAUGUGUUUACUGUGGGUCAUCUGCAUGCAGAAGCUGUUCCAUUGUUUUUUCAGAUUAAGUACAUUCUUAACAUAGACACAGACUGGUUAUCGUGUGGCAAGCUUUUAAUUCCGGUUUCUUUUUGUCGUCAUUUUUAUUCAUACUGUGUGAAAUGUGAGAAUGAAUGGACUGUCCUCUUGCCAGGUGGAGAGGUUGAUUACCAGGCAUUAGACACGUACCACGUUGAUGACAAGUUAUUUAUUAGCACUAGAUACACUUGCUGAAGACAAACUGCUGCAAACGUCAAAAUGUGCAGUACUUGAUGUAGCCUGUGUAGUAAGGCUGUUUUACUUGUUUGAGUUUUUCUGAGUUUUUCAUUGAAUAGCUAGUUUUUUCUUGACAUGCUUGCUGUUGUGAGAUGUAAUGAAAUCUUUUUAAAAGAACAUUUCUAAA